GUUUUUCAAACCGCUGAGAAUUUUUUUGUUGUGGGGUUUUCAACUUGCCGGGAAAAUGCCGUCGCACAAGACGUUCAUGAUCAAGAAGAAGCUUGGGAAGAAGAUGAGGCAGAACCGGCCGAUUCCUCCUUGGUUCAGAAUGAGGACCGGCAACACCAUCAGGUAUAAUGCGAAGCGCAGGCACUGGCGCCGGACCAAGCUAGGGUUCUAAGCUGGGUGGGGGAAUGGACAAUGGUGGAUUGCAGAAUGAUUUAACUCGGAAGCACUAUCAGUUAGUUCUAAUUAUUUCGCUGUAGUUAAAUUUUGGUAGCAUAUGUGAGGCAUUUGAAGUUUUGGAACGUGUAGAGAGGAAUUGGUAUAACUUAGAUGAUGUAUUCUGACUAGUUUCUGAAGCUUAAUGGAAGGUCAUGAUGUUGAUCAAUCGCGUUCUAUUUUUCCAGCAUUGGUUUCGAUCGCUGUAGUAUUGUUAUGCUACUCUGCUCUUUUGGCAUUGUUUUCCUUUGAUUUCUACCUUCUCCAAAUUGCAAGUUUACUUCUUUUGUGUGGGA